AUGACUUUUGCAACAGAAACCACAAUUUCUAAAGUUACAAACCCAAUUUCUUUUGAACAUUCAAAUUAUAUUCAGAAUCAAAAUUAUUAUCAUCAUAAUAAUGGCGGCGGUAUCAAUAGAGCGCUAUCGUAUCAAUUUCAUCGUCGUCACUCAGAAAAAAUAGUUUUACCAUCUCUUCAACAAAUUACCACUUCUUCACUUAAUAAUCAUGACAACAUCAAUAACAAUUCAACUUCCAGGUCAUCGCCAUCAUCAACUACUUCAACUGACUAUUUAGAUUCUGAUCCAAUAAACUUGCCAACUCCUUUAAGUUCUCCAAAUCCUGCAUUGUUGUUAUCUGCGCUUCAAACACCAAAUAACAUCAAUGACCUUAUGAUGAUGCCUUUAUCGUUGCAAGAACGUAGAGAAAGAAAUAAAGUAGCCUCCGCAAAAUAUAGAGCCAAAAAACAUAAACAAAAUGUUGAAAUGAAUUUUGCAAUAAACGAAUUGAAACAAGAAAAUAAUACCUUGAAAAGGCAAGUCGACGAAUUGAAAUUGGAAAAUCACGAUUUAAAAGAUUUAAUUGAUAAACUCAAAAGCAAAUUGGUCGAAGGAAAAAUACUUAAACAAAAACUAAUCGCAGUCAAUACAGAUAAUCCAUUUUGA